AUGCAGCUCGUAAGCUGUCAUCUGGCGGUUGACGUAAAAGUGGCUGACACGUUAAAGGUACGCGUAAACACGACGGAAACAUAUAAUCAUACAAUCUUACCCAUGUAUCUUAGUUUAUUCGCGUUUAAUCUUCUACUGGAAUUGUCAGUUGGUUAUCCUAGUCGGUUGACUUUCGAGUUACCUGAUAAUGAAGGUAUUUGCUUCUACGAAGAUCUUCCAGCUUCAAAAAAGUAUGUAUUUAGCUAUCAUGUCAUUCACGGAGGUCAAACUGAUGUGGAUAUCGUGAUUAAAGAUCCUAAACAAGUGAUUAUUUCUAAUGUAGAACGUGGUUCAGACGAUGAUAUCACUUUCACAACAAUUCCUUCUAAUGGCACUUAUUCUUUUUGUUUCAGUAAUGAGUUCUCUUCUAUAUCACACAAACUUAUAUAUUUUGAAAUUCGGCCGGAAGAUUUUGAAUCAUUAGCUGAGGAGGCUGGAUUACCGGUUUUCCCAACUGUGAUGACUUUAUUGGAUAGUGUUGUGGAGGUGUUGCAUCAUUAUCUGUCACGGGCUGAAAGUUUCGGGAUCGAGUUGAAAAAUCGUGAUUAUGGUGAUUUCUUGGUAGCGGAAGAUUUGAAUUCAGCUGUUUUUGUUUGGAGUGUCAUUAUUACAUUUGUUGUGAUAAUAACUUCAGUUGGACAAGUCACAAUAUUAAAGAAUUUCUUCAGUGAGAAAAAAGUUGCUUAUUCGGCAAUCCCAACAAGUUAUCCUGCCCAUACUUUGAGAACAUGA